AUGAACACUCUUCUUGAACGUCAUCAAGGCUGUAGUGGAGGCUACGCCCUUUUGUUAGAGUACGUUGUUUGUUUGGCUAUCAACAUAGGCCUCUCAGAUACUGCCGUAAUGGACAUGAUGGUGUCGACUUUGCAACAGCAGCGGUCUGUUACCGAGCAGCUGCGGCGGGAAGCAGCUAUUAAGCGUAUUCCAGUAUCUGUUGCUGUAGCGGACAUCGUUCGCUUCAUAAGCGAGCAUGAACAAGAAGAUUGUCUCCUAGUGGGCUUUACUAGUCAAAAAGUGAAUCCUUUCCGUGAAAAAAGCUCUUGCACUGUCCUCUAA